AUGGCGCAGUCUCCCCGCCUCAUAGAUCAGGUCCCCCAACCACAGUCACCUUCCAAAAUGGAGGUGUUACUGUUGGGAAUGCCUCGUACAGGAACUAUCUCUAUCCGAGUUGCGUUCGAAGUCCUCGGAUACAAGCCUUUCCACGGGCGCAUGAUGGAUGAGCUGCCAGAGCUCUAUCCACUAUGGCUGGAGGCCCUGGACGCCAAAUGGCGCGGAAAUGGCGAGCUCUUCGGUCGCGAGGAGUACGACAAGCUUUUCAACGGAUUCAACGUCUCGUGCAAUAUCCCCGGAACAUUGGUCGCGGAAGACCUUAUCAAGGCCUACCCGAACGCGAAGGUGGUUGUGAGCACGCGAGAUGUUGACAGAUGGCUGCGCUCCAUGAGGGAAUCUGUGGAUUCAGCCGUGGAGUGGAAAUCUUUCGACUGGAUUGCUCCUUGGGAUUCGCAUGUUAUUGGCCCCUGGUGGAAAUAUCACAAGUACCAACACGGUCUGAGACCCCUGAUCGCCCCCAAGGGAGAGCGCCAGGCAUACCUGGAACACUACGCCCGGAUCCGCGAACUGGUCCCGGCCGAUAACCUUCUAGAAUUCAACCCCGCAGAUGGUUGGGAGCCGCUGUGCAAGUUCCUGGGGAAGCCCAUUCCAUCGACCCCGUUCCCUCACGUGAACAAUACCAACCAGUUCCUCGCUGGUCGCCGACGCCGUUGGUGGCGGGCUCUUGGUAUGGCCGUGGUUAAGAUAUCGACCCCUGUGGUCGUUGUUCUUGCGGCCGCGUGGUGGAGUCGGCUCAGGCUAUGGUGGCGAGUAUAG